AUGACAGAGACCCGUGAGCCAGCUGAGACUGGGGGCUACGCCAGCUUGGAAGAAGACGACGAGGACCUUUCUCCAGGCCCUGAGCAUUCCUCUGACUCCGAAUACACUCUCUCAGAGCCAGACUCCGAGGAGGAAGACGAGGAGGAAGAGGAGGAGGAGGAGACCACUGACGACCCUGAGUAUGACCCCGGCUACAAGGUGAAGCAGCGCCUGGGUGGGGGCCGUGGGGGCCCGUCCCGGCGGGCCCCCCGUGCGGCCCAGCCUCCCGGCCCCCCAGCCCAGCCCUGCCAGCUCUGUGGCCGCUCGCCCCUCGGGGAGGCCCCGCCGGGCACCCCACCUUGCCGGCUCUGCUGCCCUGCGGUAGCCCCCCAAGAAGCACCAGCCCCUGAAAGCCGGGCCCUCGGGGAGGAAGGGCGGGGGGCGCCUCGGGCUGGGGAGGGCCGACCCACCGGGCGGGAGGAGGAGGAGGAGGAGGAGGAGGGCACCUACCACUGCACAGAGUGUGAAGAUUGCUUCGACAGCCUGGGCGAGCUGCAUGGGCACUUCAUGCUGCAUGCCCGCGGGGAGGUGUAG